AUGGACUUGAUCCCAAAUUGUGUCGUCAAAUUUAGGACGGGAGAUGGCGACUCCAACCGUCUCGACGCCACUGGCGAAAAAGGCGCCUGCUCCUGGCCCGCGAUAUCGCCCGACAGACUCGAUCGAGCGCCGGCUCGAAAGAAGCGAAAGGUCGACUACGGCGGUGCUGAUGGAGAAGCCGACGGCGCCGACAAGCCCUAUACCAAUGCAGACCGCCUGGCCCUCGCGAAUCGAGACGUCAACAGAUUCCCAGUGUUCCAGCCAAAGGACAAGGACAAAGUCUUUAGAAAAGCCUUCUCUGUGCCUUUUGUCAAUAAGGCUGCUGCCAACUAUAAUCCGAAUCGACCUCCACCUACACUCGGUCUUCGACAGGGUGCUGUAUUUGUGGCGAAGCCACUACAUGACCCUGCUGGAGACUUUGCCAUCGUGCUCUAUGAUCCUACAGUAGACGAACCUAAGAAGCCGCAAGAAGAAUUGGAGCAGGAAGAGGCGGCAAAGCCAAAACUGGAGGAGCCGCUAUUUCACAAGAGCUUGGCCGAGAUCUUGGGUAUCAAGAAGAAGGUUCAGGGUGAUCACCCCAAAGUGCCCGUCGUCAUUGAUCCCAGACUUGCCAAGGUGUUGAGACCGCAUCAAGUUGAGGGUGUCAAAUUCAUGUACAGAUGUGUCACUGGCUUGAUUGAUGCCAAGGCCAAUGGCUGCAUAAUGGCUGACGAGAUGGGUCUGGGAAAGACGCUGCAGUGCAUCACAUUGUUGUGGAGCCUGCUGAAACAAUCACCAGAGGCGGGAAAGACCACGAUCCAGAAAGCUAUUGUUGCAUGUCCUUCGUCACUGGUCCGAAAUUGGGCCAACGAACUUGUCAAGUGGCUUGGCCCAGAUGCCAUCACACCAUUUGCCAUUGACGGCAAGGCAUCAAAGGAAGAAUUGACCCGCCAGCUACGUCAGUGGGCCAUAUCCAGUGGCCGAGCAGUCACGAGACCAGUUAUCAUUGUUUCCUAUGAAACCCUGAGACUCAAUGUGGAGGAAUUGAAGAACACAAAGAUUGGGCUGAUGCUCUGUGACGAGGGCCAUCGACUGAAGAACGGCGACAGCCAGACAUUCAGUGCUCUGAAUAGUCUGAAUGUCACAAGACGGGUUAUUCUUUCUGGUACCCCAAUUCAGAAUGAUCUGUCCGAGUACUUUGCUCUCAUCAGUUUCGCCAAUCCGGAUCUACUCGGCACUCGACUAGAAUUCCGCAAACGCUUCGAGAUUCCCAUUCUGCGCGGUCGUGAUGCUGACGCAACAGAACUUGAAAAGCAAAAGGGCGAUGAACGCACGUCUGAACUGCUUGGUAUAGUCAACAAAUUCAUCAUUCGCAGAACCAAUGACCUCUUGUCCAAGUACUUGCCAGUCAAGUACGAGCACGUCGUCUUCUGCAAUCUGGCUCCUUUCCAGCUUGACUUGUACAACUACUUCAUCAAGAGUCCCGACAUUCAGGCACUCUUGCGAGGUAAGGGAAGCCAGCCCCUCAAAGCCAUUGGCAUUCUCAAGAAGCUGGUCAACCAUCCCGAUCUGCUCAACCUCAGCGAGGAUCUACCUGGUUCUGAGCAAUACUGGCCAGAUGACUACGUACCAAAGGAAGCCCGUGGCCGCGAUCGUGACAUUAAGCCAUGGUAUUCAGGUAAGAUGCAGGUAUUGGACCGCAUGCUUGCACGCAUUCGACAAGACACGAACGACAAGAUUGUCUUGAUCAGCAACUACACAUCGACGCUUGACCUUUUCGAGCGACUCUGCCGCAACCGUGCCUAUGGUUGUCUCCGGCUUGAUGGUACUAUGAAUGUGAAUAAACGACAAAAGCUAGUCGACAAAUUCAACGAUCCUAAUGGCGAAGAGUUUGUCUUCUUGCUGUCCAGCAAAGCCGGAGGUUGUGGUCUCAACUUGAUUGGUGCCAAUCGUCUGGUGCUGUUUGAUCCGGAUUGGAACCCUGCAUCUGAUCAACAAGCCCUCGCUCGUGUCUGGCGUGACGGACAAAAGAAGGACUGCUUCGUCUAUCGAUUUAUUGGAACAGGCACGAUUGAGGAAAAGAUAUUCCAGCGCCAAAGUCACAAGCAGUCCCUGUCGUCCUGUGUUGUUGAUUCUGCCGAGGAUGUUGAACGCCACUUUUCGCUCGACAGUCUGAGGGAGCUAUUCCAGUACCGAGCAGACACGAAGAGUGACACACACGACACUUUCAAGUGCAAACGUUGCAAACCAGACGGCAAGCAAUACAUCAAAGCCCCAGCCAUGCUGUACGGUGAUACGAGCACUUGGAACCACUUUAUCAACUCAGGGUUGAAACCCAUUCAAGACCACUUGCUACAACAAGAGUGCGGUGAACAAGAGGUAUCGGCAGUUUUCCAGUACAUUUCGCACUAA